AUGAAGUGGCUCAUCCCGGUCCUGGUUUGCCUCCAGCUCUUGGAGGGGCUGGUGAGCGUCCCUCUGAAGAACGGCAGAUCCAUGAAAGAGGUGAUGAAGGAGAAGGGAGUCUUGGAAGAUUUUCUGAAGCACCACAAAUACGGUCCAGGCAGGAAGUACCGUGUCAAUGAAUACAAUGUCGCUUAUGAACCAACGACCAGCUACCUGGUUUCUUCCUACUUUGGAGAGAUCAGCAUUGGCACACCACCCCAAAAGUUCCUGGUUUUCUUUGACAGCGGUUCCUCCAACCGGGUGCCAUCUACCUACUGCCAGAGUCAGGCCUGCUCCAGUCAUGCAAAGUUUGAUCCGAGCCAGUCAUCCACCUUUUCCAACAAUGGACAGACCUUCACCUCUUCUGGGAGUGGUGACCUCUGACUGGUGCUGGGCUAUGACACGGUGACGGUAAGUGGAAUUGCCACCACAUCCCGAAUAUUGUGGUCAAACCAGGAGUUUGGUCUGAGUGAGGAUGAGCCCACCAGCCCCUUCUACUAUGUGAAUUUUGAUGGGAUAUUUGGAAUGGCCUCCCCUUCCCUGGCGGUCGGAGGAGGGACAACAGUUAUGCAGAACAUGCUGCAGCAGGGCCAGCUGACGGAGCCCGUCUUCAGUUUCUGUUUCUCACUGCAUCUGUAUCUGUCUAUCUUCAUAUACAUCCCCCUGUUUGAUUUGUGUCUGUCUUUUGUGGUUGACUGCAGCAACAUCCAGGACAUGCCCACCAUCACCUUCAUCAUCAACGGGGCCCAGUUUCUACUGCCGCCCUCCUCCUACAUCUUCAAUAACAACGGGCAUUGCAGUGUUGGGAUUGAGCCCACUUACCUGCCUUCCCCGAAUGGGCAACCGCUCUGGAUCCUGGGUGACGUCGUCCUCAAGGAAUAUUAUUCUGUCUUUGAUAUGGUCAAUAAUAGAGUUGGCUUUGCCCCAUCCGCCUAG